GGUCUGGGACGGAGCAGGGGGUGCCCAGCCUCGGGAUCCCCCCUCGACACCCGCCCAUCGCCCGCGCAGCCCGUCCGGGAGCGCGGAGUUCGGAGCGACCCGGGGCGCCGCGGAUACAAAGGCGCCGGGCCGAGCGGGGCGCCCGCCGAGCCCACCGGCGGUUCGCAGCGGCGGGAGCGCCGCUUGGUUUUCUCUGAGACAAGCCCACCCGUCCAGCAAAAUAGAGUCCCUCAGGGCGACGGUUGAUUUCCUGAAGGUGCCUCUUGGCCUGAAGAAGCCCAUACUGAAGGAGGUGGCUGUGGGGCCCCCCAAGUGGCCCCAGCCUGCGGCCCUGGAGCGCUACAAGGCACGGCGUUCCGACGCCAUGGACACCGAGUCCCAGUACUCGGGCUACUCCUACAAGUCGGGCCACUCCCGCAGCUCCCGCAAGCACAGGGACCGCCGGGACCGACACCGAUCCAAGAGCCGAGAUGGGAGCCGUGGGGACAAAUCGGUGACAAUCCAGGCCCCAGGAGAGCCCUUGCUGGACAAUGAGUCCACGCGAGGGGACGAGCGGGAUGACAACUGGGGAGAGACCACCACAGUCGUUACCGGCACCUCUGAGCACAGCAUCUCCCACGAUGACCUCACACGCAUUGCCAAGGACAUGGAGGACAGCGUCCCACUGGACUGUUCCCGGCACCUGGGAGUGGCCGUGGGGGCCACACUGGCCUUGCUGUCCUUCCUCACGCCCCUGGCUUUCCUGCUGCUGCCCCCACUGCUGUGGCGGGAGGAGCUGGAGCCGUGCGGGACGGCCUGUGAGGGCCUCUUCAUCUCUGUGGCCUUCAAGCUGCUCAUCCUGCUGCUGGGCAGCUGGGCGCUGUUCUUCCGGCGUCCCAAGGCCUCACUGCCCCGCGUCUUUGUGCUGCGUGCCCUACUCAUGGUGCUUGUCUUCCUGCUCGUCGUCUCCUACUGGCUCUUCUAUGGCGUGCGCAUCCUGGAUGCCCGGGAGCGCAGCUACCAGGGCGUGGUGCAGUUUGCCGUAUCGCUGGUGGAUGCCCUGCUCUUCGUGCACUAUCUGGCUGUGGUCCUGCUGGAGCUGCGCCAGCUCCAGCCUCAGUUCACGCUCAAGGUCGUGCGCUCAACUGACGGGGCCAGCCGCUUCUACAACGUUGGCCAUCUCAGCAUCCAGUGCGUGGCCGUGUGGAUCCUGGAGAAGUAUUACCAUGACUUCCCUGUCUACAACCCUGCCCUCCUCAACCUGCCCAAGUCCGUCCUGGCCAAGAAAGUGUCUGGCUUCAAGGUGUAUUCCCUCGGAGAGGAGAACAGCACCAACAACUCCACCGGCCAGUCACGGGCUGUGAUUGCGGCGGCGGCCCGCAGGCGGGACAACAGCCACAAUGAAUACUACUAUGAGGAGGCUGAGCACGAGCGGAGGGUGCGCAAACGGAGGGCCAGGCUCGUGGUGGCCGUGGAGGAGGCCUUCACCCACAUCAAGCGGCUGCAGGAGGAGGAACAGAAGAACCCCAGAGAGGUGAUGGACCCCCGGGAGGCAGCCCAGGCCAUCUUUGCCUCCAUGGCCCGUGCCAUGCAGAAGUACCUUCGGACCACCAAGCAGCAGCCUUACCACACCAUGGAGAGCAUCCUGCAGCACCUGGAGUUCUGCAUCACACACGACAUGACGCCCAAGGCCUUCCUGGAGCGGUACUUGGCAGCUGGACCCACCAUCCAAUACCACAAGGAGCGCUGGCUGGCCAAGCAGUGGACGCUGGUGAGCGAGGAGCCGGUGACCAACGGGCUCAAGGACGGCAUCGUGUUCCUUUUAAAGCGCCAGGACUUCAGCCUGGUGGUCAGCACCAAGAAGGUGCCCUUCUUCAAACUCUCUGAGGAGUUUGUGGAUCCCAAGUCGCACAAGUUUGUUAUGAGGCUGCAGUCUGAGACCUCGGUGUGACUGUGCAGCUGCAAGGGCAGCAGGAGACUCUGGGGGCCUGAGGGUGGGGAGGGUUCGGGUCUCAGGCCCAGCUGUACACCGGGCCCCCUUCUUCCUCUUGCUCUUGUUUUUUUUUUUUUUACUUGAAUGAACUUACCCUCCCCCUCCCCAGUUUUCUCCUGUCAUCCUUCUCUUCCCCCACGUGGCGCCCAGUAGACCACCCUGCUGUCUACAGUACCUGGGACAUCCUUCUGCUCCUCCCACGACCGCUGUGCCCCUCCAGGCCCUGCAGGAAUCAGUGCCUCCCCUGCUGUGUGCCCCAGCCUUCCCCAGGUGGCAGUCUAUUCCUCGUUGCCUCGUCCUGCCUGAGCCCCACUGCAAACCCAAGUUCGUGUAGCAGGUUCUCUCCAGUGGCCUGUGGAAGAGGUGGGACUCCCGAGAGCCACAGUGGCAAAUGCACAGGACAGCAGCCACCCUCAACAAACCCGGAGCGCCAGGGCAAGGCCACUCCUGCUGCGCAG